GUUUACGACAGAUGUCCCUGGUUUACGGCAGCCCGCCAUUUUAUUCCGUGUUCACAGUGGUCGUGUAUUCUUCGGAGCACACGCGGGGCCUGAACAGAGGUGUUUGUUUUAACUUUGGUUUGAGCUGUUUCAGAUACAGUGAAGUGGUCCCGGAGACCCGCAGACAGAGCCCGGUCCUUCCUCCGGUCCAUGGUCUAAAUUUCUGUCCCCGCAGCGGAGGAGAGAAGGUAAAAACUCCGGUUAGCUUCAUGUUAGCAUGUUAGCUUUAGGUCCGAUACACAGAGCUCGACAGUAGACGAUCUUGAAACUGUUCAGACGGUGGUUUGGACGUAAAGGAAACUAAUGUGGUCAAAUUUACCUCAAUAAUUACCAAACUUGUUGCGCUAAAGUGAUGUUUAAGCGGUAAAAGAGCCUUUCUGGGUGGAAACAACAGACAGUGUAUGAAGCGUCCGAACUUCCGGCCUGGACCUGCUGCCGGUCGAAGCCUUGAGUCCUCAUGCUCUGUUGUUCUUAAUAUUAUCUCUGUUCUAUCGGCAUGUUUAGGUGAAAGAUGACGCAGUUUCUACCGCCGAACUUGUUGGCUUUAUUUGCCCCUCGGGACCCCAUCCCCUUCCUGCCUCAGCUGGCCAAACUCCCCCAUGAGAAACAUCAUAACCAGCCGUACAGCGGCAUCGCUCCGUUCAUCAGGCACUUCGAGGUGGGGGUCCACUCUAAUCUCAAUCUGAUCACAGUUUCACUCUGUAUGCAUCUAUUUAUCUAUAACCUUUUAAAACAUUAUUUUCUGAUUAUCAGGACCCUAGAGAUGCCCCUCCCCCGACCCGGGCAGAGACCAGAGAGGAGCGGCUGGAGAGAAAGGUGAGAUACUGGACCUCUGAGUGUGAGAGAGAAAUACACUUUGACCUGAUCUCAGGUUUGAUUGCUAUAGCCAUUUUGAUAAAACUUUUAAGUUCAAGAUGACUAACAUGUUUGUUUGCUUCUGCAGAGGCGAGAGAAGAUUGAGAGAAGGCAAACUGUGAUGGAGACAGAACUAAAACUCUGUAAGUGAAACAUUCACUUAGGUCUGGGUGAUUUGACAAAAAAAAUGAUAACGAUAUAUUUCGUCGUACCGUCCGAUCUCCAUUUUUUAAACUGCUAGUUUUAAAGCAUCUGUACUAGAAACUUAAGAAACUAGAGAUCAGUUCAACAUUUUAACUUCCAAAGUAAAUAACAAAUAAUAAGAAACUUAUAAAAAUAUAUAAACCAUUUUAACUCAACAAUACAACAAAAGUAGAUGAAUACUCAAUAAAACAGUGAACUAGUUUACAGUCCUGAGGGUUUUUGCAGGUAUUCAAGACUCAAAAUAAACAGAUCGCCCCCUUAGAGAUAAUGAAGACACCUUAAAAUAUAAAUUAGAUGAUGUUAACGUAGAUGAUUUGAUUGUUUGCUGCUUUGGUCUGGUGGCUGCUGCAUGUGUCGUCAGCAGUGACAGGCUGUGCAGAAUCUACUCACAUUUGAAUCCUUUCUGCAUAAUCACUCGGGAAGUUCUUCAAAUGAUCAAACAGAUCUGUUGUGUUGUCGGUUUUUGAGGCACCGACUGCCGACAUACCUUACACAUCGGCUUAGUUGCUCAACGGCACUUUGGAGCUACCAGAACCAUCACUACACAACCGACGUUGAAUAACUUUUCUUCUCAACAUCCAACAUCCUUCGGAGGAUGACUUUGUUAUGUUCACACUGGUUAACUCCCUAUUUACUCCUUAUUUCACCAGGGGACCCUCAUAAUGACCCCAACGCACAGGGGGAUGCCUUCAAGACGCUGUUUGUUGCCCGAGUGGUGAGUAUGUUAGGAGCGCAUAUUUAAACACAGCGAUUAAUUUGCUGCUUGCUGUCGUUUUCUAAUAAAAUUGUGUUUUUGCUGCAGAACUACGAUACUACAGAGUCCAAGCUUCGCCGUGAGUUUGAGGUCUACGGCCCCAUCAAACGGGUAAGUUUGGCCCCCACGUUAUCCCUCAUCAAGAUCUGUCCAUAUGCAGCUAGUAAGCUUAAGACCAAACUUAUUGUUUAUCAACAAAACAUGGUGCAGGCACAGUUUUAAUCAUGUUUCAUUGAGGUAGGCGUUGCAAAACUCAGACCCAAACUGAGAUCCUCAAUUUUGAAGAGGACAAAGAUCGAUCUAGACAUUAAGAUGUGAGGCAUCAAACUGUAGGGUCUGGUUUGCACUUCUAGGUUGACUUUGAGCACUGUAAACGUGGGGGUUGGCGUGUCUGCAUUGCUCUGCAAUAACCCCCCUGAACACUAGGUGGCAGUGCAGUUUUUAUGCUCGUUAUUUUACUAAUUUGAGUCAGUCAGAGCUUCUUUUAUAUAAACAUGUAGGGGUUAUUCGUUGGUACAUAGAUGGUGAAUGUUGCAGAGUACCAGGAGGGAAGGUCUAAAGGCUAAAGUGAAGCAAUGCUUGAUAGUAACGUCCUCGACUGCUUUGCGUCUGUUAGACAGAGGCUGCUAAAGUAAUCCCUAGACAUCUUGUGUAUUUUUUGCACGCCACCGCUGAUCCAUAGUGUCAAGCUCUGGGCUGCUCAUACUUUGAACAUUCACAUGAGAGGAAAAUUCAGCCAAUCUCCUGAGAUUUAAAAUCAGAUUCUCCGCGUAAAGACCAACUUUCAGACACUUCUGCUUCUGUGUGUUUGCGUGUGAUACUGGACUCGAUGCUAACGCGCUUGUUUGUUUCAGAUUUACAUUGUGUACAACAAGAGGACGGGGAAACCUCGGGGCUACGCCUUCAUUGAGUAUGAGCAUGAGCGUGACAUGCACUGUGAGUACCUCCUGUUAACCUUCUCCACUUUGUUCUGUGUGAUGAUGUGAAGACAUGUAGCUCCCCUCCUUUGUUUUAUAAGUGUGAUGAUGAUGAUGAUGUAAUGAUACCUUUGGGGCGGGGCUUUCUUUAACCACCUGGAAGGUGACAUCUUUACUCCGACCUUUGUCACUGUCUGCAUGUUGAAUCCCAGUCUGGUGGUUGUGUGUGUGUGUUCGAUGUGUGUGUGUGUCGUCAGUUGACUAAUAGACUGGUUGAGGAGGGCGACUGUGUCAUUCAUUGGGGCAUGAUGGGAAAGUGGGAGGAGCCAGAGGUAGCAGUGUGUCUCUGAUGCUGAACAUGUUUGCCUGUCAAAGGGCACAUUGUGUUUUAACUGUUAGGCGUGUAGCUCUGUGAAGGCGCAGCUCUCCCGGUGGACUCUCUUGGUAAGCACAAGGUCACAUGGUCACCACGCAGCGACCAAUCAUGUGUCUAGGGCUGUUGUAUGACUAGUCUCUGAGCCUGUCUGUCAGUUUUUUAAGGUGGUCUUCAACCCUGGUCAUGCUGAGCUUAGUGUAGCGUCACCACAGUAUCUGGUAGAGAUUAAAGCCGGUGGUGAUGCCUCAGAUUAACGCAGAACUGUCUCUCUAAACACCGAAUGGUGCCAUCUAACACGUGGACACCAUUCUGGGACAUAAGCGCGAUCAGCUGUUCAGACCAGAGUUGCUGAAUCACAGCAGCAUGUAGACUCAAGCAGGGGGAGGACUGAGGGGGGACGUGGGGAUAAACACUAUAUUAACUGUGUGUUGUUCUCAUUGCCACUGCAGCCGCCAAUCUGUGAUGGCUAUUGGCCAAAGCUGGCUGGCAGAUGAUGAUGGUUAUGAUACAUCUACACCCUACUACCACAGCUCAGUAUAUGGUUGGUAUAAUGGGUUUGUAUGAUGGGUAAGAUUUCUUUCCACCCUCCAUCUCCUACAUAGGGCAGACCAGCUGCGUUCAAUGGCUAAAGCCUUUCUGUACACGACCCGGAAAAACUACUUCCUAUUCACUGACUAAAACUCUGCUGCAAGCCUGCAGCUGGCUUUGACCAUUGAAUGCACCCCUGAUAGAGUGAAAUAUCGCCCGAUGACUCUGCCCUUUUUAUGUGAAAGCCACCUCUGCGCGCCGAGGUUAGAUUCAGCCAAUAAGAGAAGACUGAACGGCUGUGAAAAAACGUACGAACGUGUCAUAUCUCCCCAAGUUUAGUGAAGGAGGAGUGAAAUAAUGCUCCAGAAGGAGGAGGGUUCGAGGGAUUAAAAGGAACUUUUCUGAUUGGGCAGAGAAGAUCCACAAGAGCAUGAAACGGCGUAUGAUUGGUAGCUGCGGUAACCUUAUGAUAGGGAUGUUAAUGACGCCAAAUUGUUCAAAAGUCUGCACACCAUCAUGGACCUGUGAUUAAAAGAUGGGUCCUUUGAGCAAAAAUGGUCGACACAGGCAGAGAGAUGAUUUCUGAGGCUGCUAAAUCUGUCAUCUAGAACUUUGGUUUUCACAACAGGAACUGCGGGACUGCUUAGAAGAGCUAACGUUACUGAAAUCUCACCAUGACGAGAUUUGAGAAGGUGCACGUGAAAAAAACUCCAGCUAAAGGAAACUUUUACACUCAACUUUUCUUAGUUUUGUUUUUAGAUGAUCUCGAUAAAUUCAGGGUGACAUUAUUGUGUCGUCAAAUUUCGAGAUUUAAUCCCUACCUUACAGCUGUAGCUUGGAGGAAACUAAGACUGUAUACGCUAAAAUCACAGGAUCUGUUUUGCUCUUUUCGCCACACGCGUGAGUAUUUAUCGCCAUCAGGAAACAAAACUGAAUUAUAAAGAUGCACUGGAACGCGUAACUUUGAUAAUUGUCCUUACCUGUAUUUUAAAAUAGACCCGGUUUUAAAAGAUGCUGCAGAGUAAUAAACAUCCAGUCAGAGCUGGCUUUGACAGAAAAGGCAGAUGAGGGCGAUGUUGUUGGUAAUAAACGGGUUAUUCAUACAUAAUCUAUUCCCACAUAUCCAAAGAUAGAUGAUGUCCACACAGAUGUAUUCAGAUCAGUGGUCAGGUUCAGAUACUCGCAGACAUAUUGCAGUAGUUGAAGACAUGUUUAUCAUCAUGUCAGAGUAGCUCAGAUCGAGGACACAUCACUGACCUCUUAGACAAACACACACAGACAGACAGUUUCUUUAGUUUGUUUCUCCUCUUCAGUCGGUAAGUUCUGGUAGUUCUGGUGGGGGUUUGGUAAGGCCCUGUCAUUGACGGGACGAGGAUGUCCUCAGAGAGAACAGGAAGUGGAGGGGUUGUGGUAAGGCCCCCUGUUAGAGGUGUUCGGACACCGUGUGUCCAGGUGGACUUUGAUCAGGCCCUGAUAGUGGGGCAGAGACCUCAGUGUUACCUGUGAGUGAGAGACUCUGGUAAGACCGUCAGCUGUAGACUUUUGAGGGAGUUUGGUAAGACCCUCAGACUGUGUUCUGUCACUGCUGGGUUUUGGUAAGGCCCUCUUCAUGGACUGAAAGGUUUUACGUUGAGGGAUCGUCACCAUAUCCGACCAAUGAGCUGCCUGGAUCUCAUACGGGAUGGAUCAGUGGCUGUUGUGUGGUAUACGGGGACGGGUUGGGGGACAGCGUCUGAGUGCAAACUUUAUUUUAAGGUCGUCAAAGUGCUUUUUUUUUCUGUAAUACAACAAUUUAAAUACAGGUAGUCUCCAAAUUUAACAUUGAGAGGGGAGGACUCCGGCACCUUGGAGUGCUUUGUUUAUUUUUUUAAUGUCUUUCCCUGCAGACUGUUGGCUUCAGGCUCCAUACAAAAAUCCUCUCUACUAUCACAACCAUAGAGUACGAUAUGCUUCCACCAAGAAGCCGCUGAGAGCAGAUUUAAGUGCUUGCCACAGACUCUCAAACACCUGAAAUAUGUACAAUCUUUGUGCAGAUAUUUAAAGUUAAACUCAUUAUUAAGCAGCUUUGUUUUUAAAUGAUUUAAACAUGAGCUUCUCCAGAGCCUUGGGUUUGGUUAUUUGCCACAUUAAAUCCUGAAUGUUUGAGUGUUGUCUGUGUGGAAGAGAAUCUGUCGAAGUGAAGAGUGCAGGAGAGUAAAUCUAUGUGCUAAAUGAGGAAAACUUCAGUGAAAACAUCCUUAAGACUUUGAAACACACUUUGGUCCUCACUGUUGUCCAACACGGACUGUAAAGGAAGUAAAAUCUCGUAGAUUAUCGUGUAUCAAACUUGUAUGAAUCACUCAUCGGGUGGAAGGAAGUCUGCUCCCGUUAUCCUUCGGCUUUUACCCAGAGAGCAGCCAUCUCGGCCUCGCCUGCUCCUGGUCAGUAUCAUAAAGCACUGUUUGUUUCCUUUGACCACACUGAUGCUCUCGUUCUCCAUCUCAGCCGCCUGUCUUUCCUCUCCCCUCCCUCUCCUCCAGCCGCCUACAAACACGCAGACGGGAAGAAGAUUGACGGCCGGAGAGUGCUGGUGGACGUGGAGCGAGGGCGCACUGUGAAAGGAUGGCAUCCUCGCAGGCUAGGUCAGCUGAUUUUAUGACACAAACCCUCAGACCUGUAAGGUUAAAGGUUAAUGGUCGAGCGCAAUAUUAUUUCAUACAGUCAGAGUUUGUUGCAGCAAAGCAAGAGUUAAAUAGCUCUUAAGACUUUACAGCAACAUUUUUAUCUAGACGACUAACUGAUUUGAGUUUACUUUUCUGACACCUCUGGAAUAAUGAUAUCCAGUUAAGUCAAACUGAUAUUAAUUAAUAUUAAAUGUUGCUUACAGCUUUUGUCCAGUCAGAGUCCCGCCCAGUGAACCUGCUGAGCAGCAAAAGUAGAAAACAAGUAAACAACUCCUAAUGACUUGAUUUAUUUUACUCUGGAUGUUGUUGGGCUUAAAGGGAUAUUCCGGCGCAAAACUAUUUUAAGGUCAAACACACCAUAACACGGAGUUAGACCUCCCCCUCCAGAGAUGAAUGUUGUCGACCGCUUGCUUCUCUAGUUAUACCAACUUUAGUAACGACCGCAGGAUAGUAAUACAGAGAGCCACGCCCUCAACCAAAACGCCACUCUAUAGCCACAAAUAAUGCUCAGAACAGCACCUAACUUCAUCAACAGUACAUAUAGAGUCACAGACAUAGUACUAGACACCAAACAUCUUUUUAACUUUGACUCAUUUCUUUAGCAAAGAGACUAAACACAACUCACCUACUCUCUUCCAGCAGUCACUUCUUUGUAGCGAGACCUCAGGCCGGUUCAUUACAGACUACAGUGGGGUGAAGCAGCUCAAGGAAGAACAUAUAUGAUCAUUUCUUCAUGGAAAUACAAUCAGACCGAGACGCUAAGGCAGAAGAACUACAGCGUCUGCAGAGCAAAAUGAUUAAUAUGGUGAUUAUUACUUAGAGGAAAUGAUCAUAAAUGUUCUUCCUUGAGCUGCGUCACCCCGCUGUAGUCUGUAUUAGACUGGCCUGAGGUUUCGCUACAAAGAAGUGACUGCUGGAAGAGAGUAGGUGAGUUGUGUUUAGUCUCUUUGCUAAAGAAAUGAGUCAAAGUUAAAAAGAUGUUUGGUGUCUAGAGAGGUCACAACGAAGGAUUUAGUGUAAAUUUAAGCUUCAGGCUCUACUCUCCAGCUUUACAAACACGCUUUGUGUCCGAGCCUCUUAUUUGACCUCCAGUAACCUUUAUCUACACUAGCUGCUUUCUCUCUGAAAACUAGAUGAUUGCUGGACCACAUGUUGACUCCGGCGCCUUCUGUUAGAUUUAGACUUAACUCUCUCACAUGUUUUCACUCAGGUGGAGGAUUGGGCGGCACCAGGAGAGGCGGAGCUGAUGUCAACAUCAAGCACUCUGGACGAGACGACGCCUCACGUUAUGACGACCGUUCUCUGGGCGGGUGAGUGAUCUGAGAAACAUCUACUCUUCAAUACUCAAUACUGUACUCUGUGUCUAACAGUUUUCACUCGUCCUCACCUCCUGCAGCGAUCGAGAGCGAGGAGAAAGGCGGGAGCGCAGCAGGGAGCGAGACAGGGACAGGGACAGAGAGCGCAGGAGGUCCAGAUCCCGGGAGCGCCGCAGACGCACUCGUUCCCGCGAGAGAGAGAGGGAGAGGGAAAGAGCUCCAGCCGCAGUUGCAGAGGAGGGAGGUGGCAGCAGGCGUAGAGAGCGAGAGAGGGAGCGUGCAGGAGGAGACGACAGCAGGAGCAGAGAGAGGAGCCGAGAACGCAAGAGGAGGAGCAGGAGCCGAGACCGCAAGAGAGACAGGGAGAGAGGGAAGGGCGUGGACGGGGAGGAGGUGGGGCAGGGAGACGGGGCCCCUGAGGGUGGGGAGCGUAUGCUUGAGGAGCAUGAAGGAGAAGUGGGGGAGGGCAUGGAGGAGCGCAAAGACAGGGACCGGGACAGAGACAGAGACCGCCGACGCAGCCACAGGGACAGAGACAGGCGCAGGGGAGACAGGGACAGAGACAGGGAGCACAAAAGGGAGAGAGGGGACAGGGAGAAGGGCGAGCGCAGAGAGGAGAGACACAUGCGGGACGACAUGGGCCCCCAGGAUGAGAUGGGUCCAGAGGAGGAGGGGGGAGCGCCUCCUAACAUGGAGGAGUACAGCCAGGACGGGAUGAUGAUGGAGCCGCAGUCGGUGCCUUCAGCUGACGGUUACGGCUCCGGAGAGAACGGAUACAAGAUGGAGCCGCCAGGAGAUGAGUACUGAGGCCCCUCCCACACAAAUCAGUCAUUCAUACUGUUGAUUCAAGAGUGUGUGUGUGUGUGUGUGAGGAGGAGGACCUAUUUUUAAAUUAAUGUUUGCAUAUUUCACCGCUCACCGUUGAUUUGAUCCUCCAAGAAAAUGAAUCCGUGCCACUCAGUGUCCUCCGAUCAGUGACGUAAUUUUCUUUUUUUGGAUGAACUGUAAAAACACGAGCGCGGUUCCUCGAAGGGUCGGCCGUGUUUGACUCCCAGAUUUUAUUUUGACUCAGUUUCUGCUCUCUGUAUGUGAAAUAGAAGGAAGUGUAGUCAUGUUAUUAUGAGGCUGUUCUGUUUAUUCAUUAUGGAAUAAAUCCUUUUUUUUUAAUUAUG